AUGCAUUCUUCUGAGGUUGUAAGUCUAAAGAACAAGCUCAUCAAAUGCUAUAAGUACAGAGAUUAUGAAACGGCUGCAUACAUUUCCAUGCACAUUUCAGAAAGCUUUCCUGAAUUUCAAUUGCUAACUGGAAUUAUUUUCUACGAAAACCAGGAGUAUAGCCGCUCUUUGUUUCAUCUAAGUAAUUUGGAAGGAACAACAGCAGUUUUUUACAAAGCACUAAGCUACAUGAAAGUGAAGAAAUACAGUGAGGCAGUUGUUGAGCUAACAACUAUAAUAGAAAGCAAGACUGCCCCUGAGAAGGUAACAGACAUUUUUCUUAGUAGUUUUAUAUUGGAUCCAGUUGAUACUGAAUUUUUCGAGGCGUUGUUUGGAAAACUGUUGAUUUUGAAGGGAAAGGCCAAGCAGGGUGUCGAAAAGUAUAGAAAGUCGAUGUUUAAGAAUCCCCUUUUGGGGCCCUGUCUUGGUCUUUUCGAUGAAAACAACUGGAUCGCACCCAUAAACCAAUUUGCAACCGAUCCAAUAAUGAUGCUAUUCCAAGAUCUAUUUAAGCUUUCAGUUCAACGGACAAGCGAAGCCGAACAGACAUCAGAAGACAAACCAUCCAUACCCCAGACAGCCGGUGAUCUCUUACUUUGCUUCCUAAAGCAAAAUUCUACUUCUCAAGCACACCAGGCAUAG